AUGAAUAAAAAUGAUGUUAUAAAUUUCUUAUAUCCCACUUCUAAAAAAGAAAAACCUAAAGAACCUGAUGUUUUCCCUGAAUAUUAUGAAGAACGAAUUAAAGAUAAUGAAUAUGAUGAAAUUGAAAGACUGGAAAAAAUAAGAGAUGAAAUAGAUGAAAAAAUUAAGGAAUUAAGAGAAGUUGAAAAAUAUAAUGAAAAUGAAGUAGAGGGUUUAAUGAAUAUCCCAGCUUCAGAAUCAGAAGUUCAGAAAUCUCAUGAAGAAAGAUAUAAAAAUUAUGUCUCAGAAUCAACACAAAAUUUAUUAGAUGGUGAAAUAGAUGAAACACUUUCAGAAGAAGGUAGUAAAUUUAUUCGUAAACAUAAGUUACAAUUUAUUGAUAAUGAAGAAUACCCUUGUAUCCUACUUUCACCACCUUUAGAUUCCAAAAAAUUCAAAAAAGCACUAAAAACGUGA